AAAGAAUUCAAAAUGGAGGAUUUGAAUUAAUAACUUGUCAGAUAGGCGUUUGCGUGAAAUUUUUAGCUUCAUUUAAAUGAGCUCGUGUCUGUUUUUUAAAAUAUUGAAUAAAGUAAUUAAUACUUUAAAUUUCAAUGUUUAGUAACAAGAUUCAACUCAGGAAACGUACCCCUGAAAAUGGGACAGAUCGAAAAACUUUUCUAUCGCUUUUAGUGGAUGAAUAUUUGCAUUCCACUGCGUAUGAUGCUAAAUGCCAAGUAUUAGCUAAUUUGGCUAACUUUGCAUACGACCCAAUAAAUUAUCAAUAUAUCAGAGACGUUGGAGUCCUGGAUAUUUUUCUUCAUGUCAUUAAGAAUGAGAGCAGUCACCAAUUGCUGCAUUUUGCUGUAACAGGGAUCUGCAAUGUAUGCUGCGAUCCACUGAAUGCUGAAUAUAUCAUAACACAGUCUGGACUGAAGCCCCUCACUGCUUUACUCAGUUUGAAUCAUAAUGACAUCAUUGCUGACACAAUCACAACUUUGAUGUAUCUCCACAAUAACCAAACAGAAUCUGAAAUCACAGCCUCGGAGGUGGUGCAUCAGAUACAAUAUUUACAAAAAUCAAAUGACAAAAGAUUAGUUAACUUAGCCACUAUAUACCUACAAGAUGUAUGCAAAGCAAAUGAGAAUUUAUAUAAAAGUAUUUUUACAAAAAUGAACAAGAUGUUAUCAAACAGAUUUCCCUAUAUUGUCGUGAACAACAAGAACUAUCAGAAGAUAUGUAAAAUUCACACAACUUCAUUUAGUAACACAGCUUUCAAAGCUGGAGAUAAGAUUCGCAUACAAAAAACUUUGACUCAAAAAGAUUUGGAUGCAUUCUCCAACCUCACUAGUGACCAUAACUACUUGCAUCAGAAUAAUGGCAACAAGAGGCCAAUAGUGCAUGGAGCACUCCUCAAUGGUUUAGUGGCCGGACUGAUUGGCACCCACUUGCCUGGCCCUGGUACAGUGCUUGUAUCACAAACUAUGAAGUUUCCUAAUAAGUGCUUUGUUGGUGAGAAGUUGACUAUAAGUGUAGAACUUGUUGAUGUGAGGAAGAUUCUCAAAGUAAAGUUUUAUUGCAUUGUCGAAGAAGAAAAGAAGGUUGUGUUUGAAGGUGAGGCUAAACUCAUGUUAGCCAAAGACUGUUAGAUAUAUAAGAUAACUCAUAAUAAUAACUUAUUUCAUAGAUUUAAGUAUUUAGUAUUAAGUGAAACAUGUAAUGCCACAAUGCAUUAAAAUUUAUAAAUCUAAAAAUUAUAAUUAAAGUCUAUUGGGAAAGUUAAAUUUUAUGAUAGUCUGUCUAUGUGCCAAUAAAAUCUUGAAAUCAAAUAAUAUAAACUGAAAAGUACAAUUAUUUAGUUUUAAUUAGUUAACUCAGUACCUACAAGGUAGUUUAAUAUUUAAUAACUGAACAGUUGGAACACCAAGUAUGCUGCAGUUGUAUCAUGAAAUCUGUCCAUUUAAUGUCCAUUAUUAUACAAAUUUCAUAGUCUAUAAUUAAUUAAGACUGAUAGUAACUAGAUCACGAGUUAUCCACAUAAAAAAGAUGCAUAUUGUUACAUCUCGUGCAAUUUUACUGUCAAAUAAUUUGUCAUGCAGUCAUAAUAAAUUAUUAUUGCUGGUAAAUAUGUAUUUACACAGCAACAUGCAUAACAUUAUUUAUGUAUUAUAAAAUUUCAGAAAGAACUAUGAGAAUGUGAGUCAUGAAAAUUGUUAAUUCGUUUAAUAAUAACAUAACAUUGUAUCCAUAAAUAUGAUUUCUUGCCUGUGUCUUGUGUCUAUAAAGCAUGUUUUUAUCUGGUAAUCACUUACAAUUUACAUUUUUGAUGAACAUAAUUCUUCUAAUAUUUUAUAAGUAGUUGGAGUCAGCUAGCUAUUAAUUCUGAUGUAUGUGUCUUUCAUUGACUCCAUAAUAAUACUGCCAUUUUGAAGUAGCAUUUCCUGUGCCAACUUCAAAACAAAUGUUUUGUCUGUGCUCUAUUUGACCAUGUUACUGUGUUGACUUGUGAUAGUAUUUGUGUAUAUUUUUUAUAUUCUUGUAUGCAGCUAAUAAAUGGACAUUAACUUUUUGGUUUGAUCAUUGAUGAUAAUGUAUUUGUUUCUAUGUGUCAAAGGACAUGAAAACAACUUUUCUAGAAAGUAUAAUGUAAGAUAGUAUUUACUUAAUAGUAAGUAUAAGUGACUGUUCCUCUUUUCAUUACUUUUUUACUGCUGGUAAGUAAGAUUCUAGUGAAACAUCAGUUUGUUUUUCUGUUAAUUGGUUAUUUUAGUUUGUAUCACUAUCACAUGAAAUGUGAUCUUGUCUACUUUAUAUUUUUAUGGUUUAUGUUCAUGUACCUAACUUGUGUAACUAUUUUUUGUUUUACACUUCUUGAUCUGUUACAGACGUGUUUGUUUUUAUUUUAUUAAACUUUAGUCUGUUUAUUUGUUUUUUUUUCCAAUAAUUCAUGUACUUGUAUACAUGUAGUACUCGGAAUAUAUUGUAAGAAAGCUUUACAAGUAAACAUUUUACUUAUAUUUGGUAGUCCAUAAAUUGUGCUUAUUGAUAUUAUCACUUUAUAGCAUUUAUGUAGUGUUAGAAUUUUCAAAUUUUAUUAACAUUAUUGCUAGAUGCUAGAUGAACUUGCUUCAGUGUUUUAUAGUGUCAAAAUUCUAUGAUAGGGAAGGCUGUGAUUGAACUCAUGUAAUCGACAAAUGUUGACGAAACGAGCAGUGCGACGCAGAUCGCUGUAGUAGUAGGGACUACGAUAAGAAUUUUUGUCAAUUUUUUCGUCUGAUCAGUACUUAGUAUUUUUAAUAAUAUGUAGAAAAUAAACUGAAUCGUGUAA